AUGGAGUUUGCCAAGAGCAUGCCCGGAGACAUGUACGACGGCAGUGUCGGCCACCACGCCCAUAUUCAUCGCCACUGCGGCGCCUGCCAGCAGGCUUUCCAGCCUGACGAACGCAUGGUCUCUUUGCACCACUUCGACGGUAGGGUCGACGCCAACGAUGCGCAAUGCGUCACCAGCCACGGCUACGCCCAAACAGGCCGCAUGGCAGCACGGCCGUGGAGAGGCUGUUCUCCGUUGCGUCUCCCUUACAAAAGCAGCCCAAAAUACAUCUACGAUACGGUCCAAAGUUGGAACGUGCCGAGUAUUGGGCGACUCCCUAUGGAGAUUCUGCGUUACAUUAUCGAUUACACAGCAUUUCAUAUAUCGUGGCGAUAUGCCGUAGUCUUGGAGCAAGCACAAACGCUCACCCACACGGAACAGGUGUCCCCUUUGAAGUCUCGGCGUUUAAGCGAUAUCCGAAGUUGGUCGCGCCGCGAGGCACCCGUUAUUGAGUCAGAGUAUGAUGAUGAAGCGAAUCUAGUUCAGAUCACCCUCGAUUCUAGUGGUGUCAAGGAGAUUUCUCGCGUCCCAGCCUCAGAAGCACAAGUUGCCGAAGCUAAAAUUUCCGAUUAUGAGCUGUACAUACUAGAAAAGCCUUCCAGACUCAAAUUUGUCACUAUAAGUUUUAUGUAUGGCCUUUGCCGCCUUACAGUUCCGGACAAUGUCAACUUGGUCCUUUGGAACACGCCGAGACCAAUUAAACUUCAAACUUCGCUAAAUCUUCUCCCGGAACAUACUUACACACGUUUCUCGGCCCUGGACACCCGUCUUUGUUUCGGAGUAACCUUUUUUUUUGUGGCCGGGUACAUCACGGCUGUGCAUGCCCAUACAAGGCUUGUGCCAAACGCAAUUCAAACAUUUCAAACAUUUACUGCAGGUAUGCGAAAAGCCGCACUUUGGAUCUAUAUUCCUCUGCCGCCGGCCGAAUCUGUGCUCGGAUUUGGCUUGCGUCAUCUUCAGUACGACCAAAACAACCUACCAACCUCCGGCCAAAAGCUGAGCCCUUCUGUUCUGGUUGACUUGAAACGACAAGGCCUGAUCGAAGUAGGCUACAAAAUGAGCGGCAGGGUCCAAGACUCGGUCAGCCGAACUAGCGGGCGGCCAUUGCUGCUCUAUAAUGUACGAGACCGCGAGACAAAUCCGCCCUGCCCAGGAGCCACUACUUUUCGCUACGCCGGCAUCGACGUGGCGGCGACUUACCCCAGGGAGGGCGAUGUAGAGAUUACAUCCCACGACUCAACUGAACCGUUGGCAAUCCCACCAUUCAAAUUCGCCUACUUUUCCUCGGCACCCCUGGAAAACGUAAUUGCGGCAGACGUCUUUUCUGAUAGCAUAUCCUCUAUAUGCAAGGGAAUCUUGCUACGAUACAGAAAUGGGACAGAGAGAUCUCUUGGGCAGUGCCGGCUCGGGUUUGACGACGUUGCGCACGUUGAUAGCCCUGUGAGCAUUCACUAUUCAUCAAUUUCUUACAAACCUCCGUUGCAAAAAUAUGCAAUCGGGGGCCAUAUCGUCCAGUUUUUUGAUCGGUCGACCGAGAUUUCAGAGCAUGGAAAGGGUACGGCGGACGAGGGUGAAGAAAUCAGGCAUCAUGACAUGCGAGGCACAGUGGAAUUCUGGUCUACCCGCGCCGACAUGUUCCUGGCCGUAGUUGUAUAA